AUGGCCAAGAUGAAGCUUAUGCAGAUGCUUCCCGAGGGGACGACGUUUGUCGCGUUCAUCCUCACGCUCCUGUGCCUCUUUGCCGGCACGCAGAAGAACCUCCUCGACACCGCUAAUGUCUUGACACUCUACACCCCCGAAGGAGGCUCCAGCGCCCACAAUUUCUACUCGGUGCAUCUCAUGUCGUACUGCAAGGGAACCCUGGGAACCAUUGACCCCGGCGACCCCGGGGUCACGCGCAACGUGACGGCCUGCUCGAACCGCACGAUUCUCUUCUCAUUUGACCCGACGGAGGCGUGGCCAAAAGAGAUCACACAGGGGACCGCGCUGGAAUGGCCGCGGGUGAUCAGCGACGACUUUCAGGCGUUCCGGCUGACCAGCCGCGCGAUGGCCGUGCUGUACUGCAUCGCGGUUGGUGCGAUGGGCGCGAUGCUUCUGGUGCGAGUCUGGGCGUUUCUAUCGCCGAAUCAGCAGCAGCAUGUGUUGGAAUUGCCGUUGAUGAUGCUGGGCGCGCUCAGCCUCAGCAUCGCCUCGAUCAUCGCGACCGUGUUGGCAUUUGAAUUUGUCGCGUUGAUUAAUGCGCACGGCAAGGGGUCGAAUGUCUCUGCGGAGUACGGGCACAAGUUCCUCGGCAUGACCUGGGCGGCAGUGUCCCUGUUGAUCGUGGGCAGCGGUGCCAAGUUCCUGACGAUGUUCGGUAGUGGUCAGCAGACCGUUGCCGCAGCACCUGCAAAGGAUACCGAGGGAGGGUAA